AUGGACUGGCCAACCUGGAAUGAGGCAGGAGCUCGUAUGGGGGAGGAGGCGAUAGGGAGAGUGGGAUUCAUGGAUGAGACCUCCGGCGCCAUAUUGUCACUUCGCCAAGGGACAUGGAUUGCCGUUUGUGAGAACCUUUCCCCAGACAUCUCAUCCCCUUUUACAGACUGGGGAUACAUUUGGUCCGGAGAGGAAGGGGAGGCCUCUCGGGUUGACGAGGGGAUUGGAAACAGAAUCCUUGCGAUCCUCAAGCAGAAGAAGGUGGAAUGGAUGGAUGAAGACUACCCACCAAUACCGCUGGAAGUGGGGAGGAUGGGGAGUGGGUCUGGAGUGCUGGAGUCCCUGUCCUUAUCCCUCACAGGAUCCCUUCUUCACCUUUCUCUCCUUCAGGUCUCCUCAUUCCCCUUCAUGGUGGAUUUCCUGAAUGGGAAAGCGGAAUGCUGCACGACUUUCGGUUGA